CCCACGGACGGCAAGGAUGACGAGGACAACCCCGACGGCGUGGGGGAGAUGGGCGUGGGCACCAUGCAGCAGCUGCACUCUUUCAGCCUCAGCGAGCUCCGUGGCGUCACGCAUGACUUCUCCAGCGGAUACCUCCUCGGCGAAGGAGGGUUCGGCGCCGUCCACAAAGGCUUCGUCGACGCCGGCAUGCGGCCCGGCCUCGAGCCCCAGCCCGUUGCCGUCAAGCAGCUCAACAUCGCCGGCCACCAAGGCCACAGGGAGUGGCUGGCCGAGGUGAUCUUCCUUGGGCAGUUCCGGCACCAGCACCUGUUGAAGCUACUUGGGUACUGCUAUGAGGACGAGGAGCGCCUCCUCGUCUAUGAGUUCAUGCCGCGCGGCAGCCCCGACAACCACCUCUUUAAAAGGAUAUCCGCGACGCUGCCGUGGAACACUAGGCUCAAGGUCGCCAUCGGCACCGCCAAGGGCGUCGCCUUCCUCCAUGGCGGCAAGCAGCCUGUCAUCUACAGAGACUUGAAGGCGUCCAACAUCCUCCUAGACUCGGACUUCACGGCGAAGCUAUCGGACUUCGGACUGGCCAAGAUGGGCCCCGAGGGGGAUGAGACACACGUAAGCACCCGUGUGAUGGGCACCCACGGUUAUGCGGCUCCUGAGUAUGUGCAGACGGGCCACCUCACGGUGAAGAGCGAUGUCUACAGCUUCGGCGUGGUGCUACUGGAGCUCCUAACGGGCCGUCGCGCCAUGGAGCACGUCCCCGGCCGGACCGCGCGCGCCGAGCAGACCAUCAAGCUCGUGGAGUGGACCCGGCCCUACCUCGCUAGCAGCCGCCGCCUGCGCUGCAUCAUGGACCAGAAGCUCUCGGGGCACUACUCCGUCAAGGGCGCCCGCGCCAUGGCGCACCUGGCCGUGCAGUGCACGAGCCCGCAGCCCCGAGACAGGCCAAGUAUGGCCACUAUCGUGGAGGCGCUCGAGCAGCUCGAGGGGCUCAAGGACAUGGCUGUCAGCAUGGGCCUCUUUUGGCCCACGGCUCCCGCGGCCGGGAGAAACGCACUCUCCGCCAAAUUUCGGGCUGAGAUGAAGGGCGCCGGCACCGGCGCUGUCCCGCGGCGGAGAACCGCGUCCACCAACCUAUCGUGAUCUUCUUGCCAUGUACGCAUUGUAUGUGCGCCUGUUGUGCGUGUGUAUAUAGAAAAUUAUUCUAACCGCACGGACAUUUACAGGGCUUUA